UUACCAAAAUGAAAUAUAAAAUCACUUAGGUAUUUUAUAAUUUGUCAAGCAUUAGGUAUGCAAAGUAGACAGGGCUUUUGGUGAAAAACACUUCUGUAGUUUCAAUCCAGCAAAGGUGAUCUUCUUUCGGCUAACAAGUAUCAUGUUGAAUGUGAUUAUUCUUUACAUUUCUAAAGUCUAAAGACAUUAAAUGAGUUUUGAUUCUGCAAUUUUCCAGACAUUGUGAUUUUUCAAAUCACAUUACAUCUAUUUUCCAUUACUUGUACACUCAAGCUUAAUCUUAUUUUUUUUCAUUUUUUUUUUCAAUUAAAUUAACAACAAACGUGCAUCAAAUAUCUCAUAGCAAUUACUAUUAAAUUGCUCCAUCCAAUGCAAAUGAUGGUGCAUGUCUUUUAUUUUGUCUUGUUUCUAAACCACUUUUCCCGUGGUCAAAUAGAUUUUCAAGUUAUAUAUGUUUAUUAAUUUUCAAUGCAGUUUGACACCCAUGAUGUAGUUGUAUUAAAAGUUAAAACCAAAGAAAGCUGAUUAGGAGUCUCCUGCUUUUUGGCAAGGUGUAGUUUUUUGGCUAAAGGAUGAGAUCCCAGAAGAAGGUUUAGAUAGUCCCUUUUUGUGUAGAAAAAGUGGAGAAUGUGGCAGCCUUUGUGUUGGCCAAAACAAAAGUGGACAGGGCUACCGGGGAAAACACUACUUGAGUUCAUCCACCAAAGGAGAAGUUCUUCCAGCACACAAAGGUAAGGACUCAAAUAAAUAGUGAUGGGAGCUCUCGAAGUUUUGCUGGUUUAGGUGCAAUAUUUGCACUUUUCCUUAUGUGCUAUUAGCAUAUUGGCUUUAAUUGGUACCAGAGCUUGUAUUAAUGUGCUUAAGUGAGCUUGAGUUCUGCUUUUUGCAUCACAUAAUGUUUAUCAGUGCAGUAUUUUAUACAUGAAGUUCAAAAUGUGGAUCUUAUGAAUCUUGUGCAAGUCAUGCUUUGAUUCAUAUAUACUGUCACACUUUAACUAGCAUGAAUGUAAUUGAACUAGCACAGAAGUUGAUAUUUCUCUUGCAAAGACACGAGUCCAAGCUUCUUAUAUUGGAAUUAUUACAUUACCCCAUAUUCAGUGCAGGUACUAAAGAGUAUAUUGUGCUCCAGCUAGUCAGUUGUCUUUCCUUGCUCUGCUUCCAUUCCCUUCAGGAAUUGACCAAUGCAUGGAUGGUUUGUUCUUUCAAAUUUCAAUUAUUUUUCAGGUUGUCUUACUAAAGAUGUUGCGGUGCAAUAAGGACAGUCUACAGAACGUGGAAAUCUCAACUUCUGAUGGUUUCCAAGGUCAAGAGAAAGAAGCCACUAUUAUUUCCAUUUUUUUAUCAAACCAUGCCAAAGAGGUGGGGUUUUUAAGUGACCAUGGAUGAAUAUGAAUGUGGCUGCAACACAAGCAAGAAGAAAUUGUUGCCCAGUCUGACACUGAAACAGUAAGAAGUGAUGGAUUCUUAAAAUGAUUCAUUGAGUACUUGAAGGAGCAUGACGAGUCUAUAAGUUGCUCAAAAUACAUGAACAAGUAAAGAUCCUGAUGGGAUAAGAUUCUUUGUCCCCAAGGGCAUUUCAAUUAAUUGCCUAAUAUGCUACAUCCACAUGUUCAGGAGUUGAGGAAAAUAAUUUCUGUUUGUUAUUUAUCUGAAAAAUCAACAAAAAAGUAAGGUGCUAGACAUCAUGAUCAUCCCCGUUUGUUUCAUGUUGAAAACUAGGAAGUAGGAUGUGCAUUAAUGGUGUAUGCGGGUGUACUGAUUGUUGUGAAUUGGAGCUUGGAAGAUGUAGUCUCUUGUUUUAUUUUUAGAACUUCUGUGAUGAUGUCUUUGAAGUGGCCUGAUGAAGUUUUUACAGCAGUAUAUUGUAUGGGUUGCAGUACCUUUUUGUGCUCUCAUUCAAUGAAAUCAUUUUUGGUUG